AUGGAUGCAAACGACUUGGCUGAUCAGACUCGAGCUCUGAGCCUCUCAGAGGACCCAGAAAAAACAUUUCACAUCUCUGACCUGAAGAGUGACAAGUUCCCAACGCUCUGGUAUCGGAUCCAUGUCCUGGUUUAUGACCUGCGCAAUUUCGCCACCGAUCCAACUGCACGAGAGCGCCUGGAGAGCGUUGUGGAUGUUACCUACCUAGGCCAACCGUAUUUUAAUGCGGAAGAAGUGGCAGCACUUACAAGGACUGCCGUGGGCCAUGAUGGAGAAACGUUGAAAGAGAGAAUCCAGCACACCCUGGAGGAACGGCUGAAUCGUCGACUGAAGAAGCGGGUGGAGAGCGGAGAUUUUCGAGUGUGUGCAGCACAUGAUUUGGCACCGAUUUUUGAGAAGAUGUUUGAUAUUAACCCCAAAAAACUGGCCAAGGACUCUAAGUUCAGGUCACUGGUCUCGAUAAACGGGUUGAGACUGAAGAGUGAAGAAGAACUUUGGAAUGGAUUAGGAAGUGGCCCUUCGAAGGGUAAGAAAAAAGGGAAGAAGAAUCGACCCUAG